UUGUUAAAAUUCUCACAUUGAAAAAGUAUAUCAUUCAUAAGCUCUCUAUAUAUAUUAAUCUGAAUAUCUAUAAAAUACAAAUGAUCAAAAAAAACAUAUAAGUAAAAAUCACAUUUAAUAGAUAUUCAGAUUAAUAUAUAUAAGACUUAUGAAUGAUAUAAUUAUGGUUAAACGGUCAAAGUUCGUAUUCAAUAAUUAUUACAAUUAUUCAACAUUUCAUUCCGCUCAUGUACGCCGGUAAUCACCUAGCGAUAAUUUUAUUUCUAUUAUAAAAUGAGUCUUUUCUUAUUCAACUUCUGUAUGAAUUUGAGUAAGAAACUACUUUAAUAUUGUAGAGAUAAUAUGGAAACAUGAUAAUAAAAGGUUAGGAAACGUUUUGACCAAGAAAAAAAAGAGAUGUCAUCAUCUUUCCUUGAACAACUAUAAGUUUCCUCUCUCACCCACCAGUUUCGACAUCAUUUGCUUCAUUCGCAUCAAUACUGAGACAUGGAUACUCACAAGAGAGGACACAGCGACACUGUCUCAUCAUCCAACUCUAACGUUGGAUUUAAGAGGCCUAAGCAAGGAGUUAAACUACCGAUAGUAGAUCAUGAAAGAGGCCCAAACUUGAAGAAUGUGGAGAUUGAUGGAAACUACGAUCAGAUCAAUGAAGCGAAUGGGAGGAUGAGAGAGCUUAUAAGGAGGUUUGGAUCAGAUCCUGCUAAUUCUGCUCCCAGGAGCUCUUACAAAUCGGAGCUCUGUGAGAAAUUUGCUGCUGGGGAGUGUAAUUAUGGGGAUAGAUGCCAUUUUGCACAUGGUGUAGCUGAGCUGCGGGAUUGAUUAGUAGUUUGGUAUCUGCCAUGGGAGUGACCUCAAUGGUUUGAUGUUGUUUACCUUUUACUUCUUUUCUUCUAUUAAGUAACUGUUUGGAUUUUGCUUUGGUGUGGUCUGACUACAAACUUAACAUUGGUUGUGUCUUUCUGAAUUAUUGUUUUGAAUUAUAUCGUGCAUUUAACUAAAAUUUGAAACUUAAAAGCAAAGAUUGAUUGGAUGUUUGCUGAGCACUGAUGUGAACAUCAUCUCUCAGUUUGUUGAACACAUCAUGGGAACAUUGAAGAAGGUGCAACACAAACUUU